AUGGAAACCAAGGAAGCUUUCGGAAAAGAGAACAUGGGGACCAAGAGAAAGAAUUUGACCUUUCUGAGACAGAGACUCUACAUGUUGGAGAGGAGGAAGACUGACACUGUGGUGGAGAGCAGCGCUGCUGUGGACCAUGGUAACUCGGGCCCCUUGAGAAGGAGCCAGUCUGACAGAACGGAAUACAACCAGAAACUGCAAGAAAAGAUGACACCACAAGCUGAGGCCUCGGCACCUGGGCCCACAGCCCAGGAUGGACAGCAGCAGAUAAGGAGAAUGAUGGCAAAGAGGUCGAACAUUAUCAAGGAGCUGAUACAGACGGAAAAGGACUAUCUCAAUGACCUGGAGCUAUGCAUUAGGGAGGUAGUUCAGCCCCUGAAAAACAAGCAGAUUGAUAGGUUUGACGCGGAUGGCUUGUUUAGCAACAUCCAAUCGGUGCAUCACAUAUCAGCCAAGCUCCUGUCAUUGCUGGAAGAAGCCACAACAGACGUGGAACCAGCCAUGCAAGUAAUCGGGGGAGUCUUCUUGCAGAUUAAGAGCCCACUCGAAGACAUCUAUAAAAUCUACUGCUAUCACCAUGAUGAAGCCCAUACUAUGCUUGAAUCCUAUGAAAAGGAUGAAGAACUGAAACAACAUAUGAGACACUGUAUCCAGUCCUUAAAGAAAAUAUACCUGGAAGAAGGCAAACCCAAUCUGCUGGAUAUGGGAUCCCUGCUCAUCAAGCCUGUUCAGCGGGUGAUGAAGUAUCCUUUACUGCUCUGUGAACUGCGGAACGCCACUCCUCCUUCCCACCCAGAUUACAGAGAGCUGGAGGACGCCUUAGCUGCCGUGAAAGACAUUAAUGUGAACAUCAACGAACUUAAGAGGAGGAAAGAUCUGGUUCUGAAAUACAAGAAGAAUGAUGAAGAUGAAUCCCUCAAAGACAAGUUUUCCAAACUGAAUAUCCAUUCAAUUAGCAAGAAAUCCAAAAGGGUGACUAAUCAUCUGAAGAUUUUGACCAGAGGAGAAUCUCAGGUAAAAGACAGCACCUUUAACAGAGAAGAAAAACUGUUUAGACAUUUAGAAAAGACUGUGAGGAAUUGUGUGAAGAACAUUUCAUUCUGCCUUCAACACAUCCAGGAUGCCAUGCCCCUAGCUGCCCAGACUGUGACAGAGCUGCAUGUUAUUUCAUAUGACAAAGAUGCUAAGGGCAGUGACUAUUCAGCCUCCCUGAGCAAGGCCACAAACCCCUGUGAAGACUUUGUGGCUCACUUACACAGGCUGGUCCUAACCCCACUGUCGGCCCUGCAGUCCUUAUUCCCAGGACCCCAGAAACUCAUCCAGAAGCGCUUUGACAAGCUGCUGGACUACAAUGGCUACCUGCAGCGGGCAGUGGGCGACGACUCAGACCUGGCCAGGAAAGACUACGAAGCCCUUAACGCCCAGCUUGUGGAGGAGCUCCAGGUGUUCAACCAAGCUGGUCGGCAGGUUCUGCUGAACUGUCUCUGCUGUUUCAUCACCCUCCUCAGGGAUCUGAUGCUCAUGGGCCUGAAGCCUUAUUCCACAGGCAUGCCAUUAUCAUUGCUCCCAACCAGCAUCAGUGAAGCUCAAAAUCGGGUAAUAGAAGAGGUUCAUAGCCUGAAUUUUGUGAAGGAUAACAGUGCAACUUUUAUUGAAAGGAAGCUGAGCUUUGAAAAGAAGAAACCUGUGCCCAUUUUGGCGGAGAUGCCUCGUCAGAUGGAAAACCACCGCUCCCAGCUUCUAGCAUCCUACAGCCUGGAGGCUCUCUACCAAGCAAAGCGCAGGUGUAAUGCUACACAGGAACAUGACAUUGACCUUCUGGAAGGGGAGCUGGUAGCUGUCAUUGAGCAGAAGGAUCCCUUGGGCAGUGCAAGCAGGUGGCUGGUUGACACUGGAAUCGCCAAAGGUUAUGUCUACUCGUCCUUUCUGAAGCCCUACAAUCCAGCCAAGGUGCAGCAGACAGAUGGGGAGCACAGGUUCUGUGAGGAGGACUUUGAUAACAUCAGCCUUUUUGUGUCUUCGUGGCCUGCCAGCCACAGCAUCCCACAAACUCGGGAAGAGAAUGUAAGCGACAGCAGAUCCUCUCUCAAUGGCAUGUGCGGAAAACCUGAAGCAAAUGGGGCUGACACUGACUCUCUCCAGGAUGGAGAUGAGCAGAUAUUCUAUGCAGUUCAUGCAUUUCAAGCCCGAAGCGAACAUGAGCUCAGCCUCCAGGAAUACCAGCGGGUUCAUAUUCUCCGAUUUUGUGAUCUGAGUGGCAAUAAGGAGUGGUGGCUAGCCGAAGCUCAAGGACAGAAGGGAUAUGUGCCCGCCAACUACCUGGGAAAGAUGACAUAUGCUUAAAAAGACAAGCUCCUGGAAAACUGCUUUAGUUUUCUGUCAAUUCAAAUGAUCAACUAGCUACCUCUUACAUAUUGGACAU